UACAGCAGGAUCAACUCAGAACUGAACAAUUUAAGGAAAAUGAACAAAAAUACACAAACAAGCUGAUUUCUUCCAAAGUUAAAAUCUCCUAAAACUUAAUUUUUAGCAAGAGAUAUAUGGAUGAAAUAAGACUGGGAACAAAAUGCAGCAGCCAUCCACUCACUACCUGAGCAUUUUAUUUCUUUCAGCUGUUGCUUGGACUUUGUUGUGUAUUUGCACUGGGGCCAUGGAAAUAGCCCCAGAAUGCUUUCCAGAAGGACAUCGUAUUCUCCAUCAUGCCUACCGCAGCAUCCAUUUUGAUUCUCUGGAAUUGCAGGAAAAAGCCAUUCAGGACAUGAUUUGUGAUCAUUCACUUCCACAAGGGUGGUACCGCUUCAUGAUUGAAAAUAAACCUGCAGAAAUGCCAACCAAGUGUAUAGAAAUGAACAAAUGUGGAACACAAGCCCCAAUCUGGCUAUCCCUUCAAUCAGAUUCUCUCCCACGUCCUGGAGAGAGAAAGGCACUGACUGCCUGUGGAACCUGGCAAUUCUUUUCUGGAAGCACCAAAGACUGUUGCCUCUUCCAAAUCCCCAUCUCAGUUAGACAUUGUGGGAAGUUCCUUGUUUAUCUCCUGCAACCUACUCAAGGGUGCAUGGGCUAUUGUGCAGAAGAGAAAUUCCAGAUUCCAGCUUUGCAUCCAGUUGUUGCUCCUGAGCUUUUGGGGUCCCAGGUCUACCUAAAAUGUACUUUCACCAGUCCAACUUCAAAUUGGGCUACGGGCUAUACAGUGAUCUGGUCACGACUUUCUACAUCCAAUGUGAAAGAACAGCUUCAUCACGACACAACUGUGCAGGCAUUCUCCUAUGUGGAGAUGGAUGGAAUUAAUUUCAGAUUGGGAGAUACGUAUACAGGUCUUCGAUUGAAGGUCUUUUGCACUGUCACAGUUUUUAGGUGGGACUCACCUGAUCACCACACUCUCCCUGAGGAAAGCGAUGGAUUCUAUGCUGGAAUCAAGGACUCUAUUGUACAUCACCUAGCUCAUGUGCAAUUUGUAAGCCCUUCUUUUGUGCCCUUCUUCGUGAAAUGUCCUGAGAGCCAGUUUGGCAUAGUGUUUGUACCAGAAUCUUUAAAAAUUGCAGAAGAUGGAAAGGAACAUAUUUUGACAAUCUUAAGUACCAUUCCUAUUACAUGUUUGGCCGAGGAUGACAUCUGUAAAAUUACUUUACAGUUAAGCACUCAGAUUUCUGAUAACUUGUUAGGAAGGACACCGAACAUAGCCCUUUCAACAUGCCAUGUGGAUUUGGAACAAAGGCCCUGCAGAGAAAACAGCUGUGGAAAAGCAACUCUUGCUGUAAGAGCUGUGAAUGACUUUGUAGAAAAUGGAAACCUUAUCAGUUAUAUCACAGCCAAGCCAGUUCAGCCAAGUAAAUCUCUGUGGCAUGAUUAUAAGCCCAUGGAUGUCAAGGUCACAGUUCAAGACCUCCCUACAGGUUACUGCUACUCUUUCACAGAUCCACACAUAAUCACAUUUGAUGGAUGGCAUUACAAUAACUACAUGGUUGGAACUUUUGUCUUGUACAAGAGCCUUAGCCGUCUGUUUGAGGUGCAUGUACGUCAGUGGGACUGUGCCAGCCACCAUAUUGCCAUCGCCUGUAACUGUGGUGUUGUUGCACUGGAAGAGAAUGAUAUUGUUGUUGUUGACAUGUGCAACAGGCAAUUUCUGGAAACCAAGUCUCAGGUGAUAAUACAAAACAUCAGAGCCUCAUCACAACAAAAUGUCAAAAUCAUGAAGUCCUAUGGAGGAAAAAAAAUCACUAUCUUGUUCCAUUCAGGAGCUUUUGUUCGAGCUGAUCUUAAUGACUGGGGAAUGAGUUUGACAGUAAGGGCACCGAGUAGUGACUUUAACAGAACCAGAGGUUUAUGUGGUACUUUUGACAGAAAUAGUCAGAAUGACUUCCACAGGGCUGAUGGGAGCUCUUUACCUUCUCACCAGAAUAGCACAAUGGAGGAGAACUUCAUAGAAGCUUGGAGGUGA